AUGACACAGAUUGGAGUAAUUAUCGGUACUGGAACAAACGCCUGCUACAUGGAGCAAAUUGAACGAAUUCCGAAGCUCUACGAGAAAUUGGUAGACGAUGGAUUGCCUGAUGAAAUCGUAAUGAAUUUGGAAUGGGGAGCAUUUGGCGAUGACGGAUCAUUGAAAUUCGUUCACACGAGGUUCGAUCAGGAAGUCGAUAGCAACAGCAUCAAUCCAGGAAAACAAAUCUUCGAAAAAAUGAUUUCUGGAAUGUACCUGGGUGAAGUGGUUCGAACGGUUCUGAAAGAGCUAGCACAACAAGGACUUCUACUUGGUGGUCAAACUGCACCGCUUUUACAAAAAGGACGAUUCUCAACACGAUUCAUCUCAGAUAUUCAGAGUGAUGCAAAUGGAGGAGAAGAAGAAAGAGCGACGUUCCAAAAUACGCAGAAGAUUCUUGGCGAGCUUGGAUUCACCAAUUUAACAAGAGCUGAUUGUGCCAACGUCUUCUACGUGUGUAGUGUAGUCAGCGCC